CUGAAGAGGAAGAGAAGAGCAGCUUCAUCUUUGCCAGUGUUUCCUCGACACACGAAGGUUUAAAGAGUCUUUAGUUCGACCUGAAGAGUUCAGCAGGACCAAAAGGAAGGAAAAGGCAUGGCAACAGGAAAGACGGUUCAGAGGGAUCAAAUUACAGAUUCCUGUGAACUCACACUCAACACAAACACAGCACACAGAAAACUCAAACUGUCUGACAACAACAGGACGGUGACACUAGUGGCGGAGGAUCUGCCAUAUCCUGAUAAUCCAGAGAGGUUUGACUUCUAUCAUCAGCUGCUGUGUAGAGAUGAUCUGACUAGUCGCUGUUACUGGGAGGUAGAGAGGAGAGGAUGGGUUGAUAUAGCGGUUAGUUACAUAGGAAUCAAGAGGAGAGGAAACAGUGAUGACUGUGAGUUUGGAUGUAAUGAUCAGUCCUGGAGUCUGAGGUGCUCUGUUUAUGGUUACUACUCUGUCUGGCACAAUAAGAUAGAAAAAGUCAUCCCUCUCACCUCCGGUGACUCUGAUAGAGUAAGAGUGUGCCUCGACUUUUGUGCUGGCUCUCUGUCCUUCUACAUAGUCAACUCUGACUCACCGAUCCACCUCCACACCUUCAACACCACAUUCACUCAGCCUCUUUACCCUGGGUUUAUGGUCAGGUCUAUUGGUUCCUCAAUGUCUCUGUAGGAGGAGACAC